GACAAUGCUGACCCUAACUCUGUUGACCGUCGUAGCCCUCGGGCUGGUGGGUGCCAGACCUGCAGAUAAGGAAACGAAAAACUUGGACUUGUCACAGAUUCUGCAACAGUUUCAAUAUCCAGUUUUGUCGAGAAAAAACGUGAACUUGACGCAGAUUUUACAACAGUUUCAACCUCAACUAGUUUUGUCGAGAAAAAACUUGGACUGGUCACAGAUUCAACAGACCAUAAGUCAAAUUUAUUCGAAACGAAACAUCGACUGGUUAAGUCUUUUGAAUUCUGGCAUAAAUAUAUUGAGAAAAAACGUGAACUUGACGCAGAUUCCACAACAGUUUCAACCUCAACUAAAUGUGUCGAGAAAAAACGUGAACUUGACGCAGAUUCCACAACAGUUUCAACCUCAACUAAAUGUGUCGAGAAAAAACGUGAACUUGACGCAGAUUCUACAACAGUUUCAAUAUCCAGUAUUGUCGAGAAGAGGCUUACUUGACUACUUGACACCAGAACAGAUUUCACUGCUUGGAAUUGUAUCGAAACGAAACAUUGACUGGUCGGUGUUACUUCAACCUCAACUUCUGGCUUCGAAACGAAAAAUUGACUGGUCGGUGUUACUAAAACCUGAACUUCUGGCUUCGAAACGAAACAUUGACUGGUCUGUGUUACUACAACCUGAACUACUGGCUUCGAAACGAAACAUUGACUGGUCGGUGUUACUAAAACCUGAACUUCUGGCUUCGAAACGAAACGUUGAUUGGUCGGAGUUACAACAACCUGAACUUCUGUAUUCGAAUCCAGUGACCUUGACACCAGCGCAACUUCAACAGAUUGAACAGAUUCAACAUUCCUUAGUUUAUUCGAAAAGAGCUACAAUCUGGGACAUCGUAAACGAGAUUAAUAGUCAUUACACACCCGAGGAACUCCAAAAUCUACAACAACAUGUGCUCUUGUUGAAACGCGGCGUGAACUGGCCAAACGUAAAUCUGGAUUUACUAACGUUACCGGUUGUACCUUUACUGUGAGGUCACCAGGCAAGCGCACGCUAUGAGAUAUCUUGAAAUCUUUCGCAAAAGUUUGGACAGUGAAUGUAACUCAAUGCUUUGUUGGGAAACCACA